UCAUUACAAGGUGACGUGUACCAAGGUAAGCAGGAUAAAUUGUUGAACAAAGUGCAUCUGCAAUUGAACGCUGCUGCUUUUUACCUAAGACCAGGCUGGAGAGAGCACACUUGCAGAAGCCUUGAUCUCUUGGUGUUCUGAAGGCUGGAAAAAUCACAGAUCCCAAAAUUUUCACCAUGAAGAGCUCCAGAAAUGUCUUCUAUCUUCUCUUCUUUCAUGCUGCUCUUGGCCUGGAACGUAUCCGGUGGUGCACUGUCUCUGAGCAAGAACUUUCCAAGUGUAAUGACAUGAGUAAUGCCUUUGGUGAGGCUGGAAUCCUUCCCACUCUGCAGUGCACAGCAGGGGGGUCAGCUGCCAACUGCACCCAGAUGAUCAAGGAUGAUUUGGCAGAUGCAGUGACACUGGACGGCCGCUUGAUAUACCAGGCUGGAAAGGAGAAUGGUCUGAAACCAGUGGUUGGGGAAGUAUAUGAUCAAGAGAUUGGAACUUCCUAUUAUGCUGUGGCUGUGGUAAAGAAGAGCUCCAACAUAACCAUCAACAGCCUGAAGGGUGUGCGUUCCUGUCACACAGGGAUCAACAGAACUGCAGGCUGGGAUGUGCCAGUGGGUUAUCUGACUGACAGUGGGCGCCUGGCAGCAAUGGGAUGUGACCUUCCAAAAGCUGUAAGUGAAUAUUUCAAUGCAAACUGUGUUCCUGGAGCAAAUGGUGUGAACUAUCCCAAAUCCCUUUGUGAGCUCUGCAUAGGGAAUUCGGCUGGAGAGCACAAAUGCGAACGAAAUUCCCAAGAGCAAUACUAUGACUACAGUGGGGCUUUCAGGUGUUUGGCUGAAGGUCCUGGAGAGGUUGCUUUUGUGAAGCACAGCACAGUGCCUGAAAAUACAGAUGGAAGAAGUUCUUUCUUGUGGGCCCAGCGGCUUCGCUCCCGGAACUUCCAGCUCCUGUGUCGCGAUGGCAGCAGAGCUGAAGUGUCAGAGUGGAGAACCUGCCACCUGGCCCGAGUCCCAGCUCGCGCCGUGGUUGUGCGGCCUGACACAGAUGGAACAGUUGUCUUCCAGCUCCUAAACCAGGGACAACAAAGAUUUAAUGGGGUGGGUGCCAAGUUUCAGAUGUUUGACUCUGCAGCCUACGGUGCCCAAAAUCUUCUGUUCCGAGACUCCACGACAGAGCUCGUUGCAAUCACAGCUCAGAAUUAUCAGGCAUGGCUGGGUGAUGAGUAUCUUCAUGCCAUGCAAGCUCUGAGCUGCGACCCCAACACCUUGCCAGAAAGCCUGAAUUGGUGUGUUGUAUCCACUGAGGAGAUUUGGAAAUGUGGUGAAAUGGCCGUUGCCUUUAGGAAAAAGAAUUUGAAACCAGAAAUUCAGUGUAUUUCAGCCAAGACAAAGGAAGAGUGCAUGGAGAUGAUCCAGAAAAAGGAAAGUGAUGCUGUAGUUCUGGGUGGAGCUGAUAUUUACACAGCUGGGAAGACAUAUGGCCUUGUACCAGCUGCUGGAGAAAGUUACUCUGCUAAUGACAGCAGCAAUGCAUACUAUGCUGUGGUGCUAGUGAAACGAAAUCUGUCCAAUGCAUUCACCAUCAGUGACCUGAAAGGGAAGAAGUCCUGCCACACAGGACUGGGGAGAAAUGCUGGAUGGAAUAUUCCCAUUGGCAUACUAAUUAAGAGGGGGAUUAUUAAGCCCAGAGACUGUAAUAUUCCUCAAGCUGUGAGUGAGUUUUUCUCUGCCAGCUGUGUGCCUUCAGCUGAGCAGGACAAUUACCCAUCAAAACUCUGUCAACUCUGUAUUGGGGAUGAGAGUGGAAACAAUAAAUGCAGUGCAAGUAGCCAAGAAUGUUAUUACAGCUACAGUGGAGCCUUCAGGUGCCUGGCAGAGGACUCUGGGGAUGUGGCCUUUGUGAAGCACUCAACAGUGUUUGAGAACACAGAUGGUAAUAACACUGAUAGUUGGGCCCAAAACUUGAAGUCCAGUGAUUUCCAGUUACUGUGUCCAAAUGGUGCCCGUGCUGAAGUCACCCAGUUUGCUCACUGUCACCUGGCUCAGGUGCCAGCUCAAGCCAUUAUGGUUCACCCAGAUAUCAACGUUUUUGCUCUGUAUGGACUACUGGACAAAGCCCAGGUCUACUUUGGAAAUAGCAGCAAUGGAAAUGGAUUCAAAAUGUUUGAUUCUUCAACUUUUCAAGGAAAAAACUUGAUCUUUAAGGAUUCAGCUGUUGAGAUUGUGCCAUUACAAGAGAAGAGAACAUACACAGAAUGGCUGGGGAGUGAAUAUGUCGAGUCCCUCGAAGGGAUGCAAAUACCACAGUGCUCUGGGGCAGGCAAUAAGAUAACACAGUACUCCUUCAUGGCUGCAGUCAUUCCCCUUCUUGUUUUGUGUCAGAUACAAGGCUUGGACUAGGACGGUUCAAAUGGCAACUUCCAGGCCACCUCUGCCCAACCACCUUCUCUUGAGAAAAGCUGUUUGGAUAAUGUGCUGGGCUAACAUUUGAAUGCCUCUUCCUGCCUCUUGCAGGGCAAGUGCCAAUAGCACCUGCUCAUCAGGAGAGUGGGAUGGGGCCGGAAGCUGCCCCAUCUGUGUGGAUGGGGUGGAAUUUGUGGCAGAAGCCAGCAAUACAGUAUCAACAUGUUUUACAAGAUCAGUCCAAACCUGGAGCAUCUCUGCCAUCGUUGCUGAUGUUGAACCAUUCAGGAUUUCCAAGUAUUGUUAGAUGGAUACUGGGUUUCUGACCUGUAGAAGAAUUUCUGCAUGUUGGAAGGCAGUAUCAAAAACCUGUCUAGUGAAUCCUCUCUGGCCUCCUGGCUCGUUAAGUUCAGACUCCACAUCCCUGCUUAACCCAUCCUACCCAGUUCCUCCCAAGCUCUGCUGCCAUAGAAGUAAGUGCACAGAGGAUAGACAGUGUGUGGACAGAAACCAGUCUAGAAUACAGCUGAACAGCUGUGGAAAAAGUCUUCCACCCUUCAGUAGAAGGAGAUAGGGGAAAUUUCCAAAGACACUGGACAAAAAAGAAGCCCAGAGAGACUUGGAGGGGACUACCUGUUGACAGAGAAAAGGACAAAGCCAUAUGUGAGCAUCCACUGAGCUUGUUGACUUUACCCCACCCAGUACUGACAAGAUGUCCUGUGAUCUUUAAUCUGAUGCAGUCUCCAUUAAGAACCUUGUGGCUCUCCUCCUUCCACACAGGGCUAUCCUGAGUGCCUGUGCAUGAAACUUGUAUUUGCUGUAGGUGAAACAAAAGUACUUCACUUCUGAGUAAACAUUUCUGUUUCUACUGGCUGUAGAAUGUGGAUUUUAUUUUCAUCCAUAGCUGCACUAACCAUGAAUGUUGCUGUGCUGCUGGCAGGCACUGUCUUCCUACCUGCCUCAUGAUCCUGGGAUGAACAGACAGUCAGUGUAAAAACAGAUAAUAAUCAUGUAAAUAAGUGAAAAUAACAAAUAAAUAUGAGAAGUAAUUACACUUUAACCA